AUGGGGAAGUACCUCGUUCAUCUCCUCUCUAUCCUCCUCGUUUUCCCUUCCGCCUUCGGUUUCAGCUCUUUCCCUCCGUCGCUGGCCUCACGCCCUGGGAUCGACCUAGCGUCUCAUCGCGCAACCACCAGCUUCUCUUCCUCUUCCUCUUCCUCUUCCUCUUCCUCCCUCCAUGUUCUUCGCCAAACCCCCUCGUCCUCGGUCUUCGAGUCCUCCCUUGAGCCCGGGCAGCAGAGCAAGCCGAGGCCUUGGAAACUCCUGCACAUUGUGGAGCUCGCGAACAAGACGAGCGCCAUGGGCUGGGCGUCAGCCCGGGAGGACAGCGUGGGAGCGAGGGACAGGGACGGGACGUGGGUGCUGAAGAACGAGGAAGCGAUGGAAGAGCUGAAGGCGGCGAUGAAGGCGGCGAUCCCCUACGCUCCCUCCUGGUCUUGGAUCAACCAGUCGCCAACGGCACUAGAGGUGACGGUGGAGGAGACGGAGGGGGCGGAGGUAAAGCUGCUGUUCCUUCCUCCCGGUCAGUCUCUCCCUCCCUUUGAGUACCCGACCGGCACCGUCGUCCUGCUCAAGACGCUCUUCGGUCGCUGCGACGUGCGGCAGAUGCUCGGAAACCCUCGAGGACGCGCGCCGAUGCGGGAGGCGGUGAGGACGGCGGUAUCGGAAGAGGAAGUGUCCUUAUACCUCGGAGGACCCUGCCGGAUUUACGGGGAAGCAACUCUGGAGAAGUCAUGCUGCGUGCUAGAGGUAGCGCUGAUCCCAGCGCUCAAGAUCACAGGCAUGCACGGGUUCGUGGAGGAGGAGAGCUACGGGCCUCUACCCUCCUCCCUCCUCCUCGACCGGCGGCACAUGGAGAGUCUCCUGACUGCUCCAGGGUUCCCCGGGUAUGAGGAGAUGAGAGGAGGGAGAGGAGAGGUUGGAGCAGAGGAGGAGGAGGAGGAGGGAGAGUCGUCGAGAGACAUCUCAUCGGUGGACCUGGAGGGGCUAAGGACGAGGAUCGGAGGGCUGGAGGAGGAGCUUGAGGCGAUCGUGAGGAGGGCGUUUGCGACGAGGAGGCUACCGAGGGAGGCGAUGAGAAGGUUGGGGGUCAGCCACGUGAAGGGGAUGCUGCUCUACGGCCCUCCAGGGUGCGGGAAGACGCUGAUAGCGCGGGAGAUCGGGAAGCUGCUGAAAGCUCGCCCGCCUAAGAUCGUCAACGGGCCCGAGGUGCUAGACAAGUGGGUGGGGGAGGCAGAGAGGAACAUCCGGUCGCUCUUCUAUGAGGCAGAGAACGAGUGGCAGGAGUUGGGCGACAAGUCGGCCCUGCAUCUCAUCAUCUUCGAUGAGUUUGAUGCCAUUGCGAAACCUCGUGGGAUGUUGCGGGCGAAUUUUGCAGUGUCCAUGGUCCAGGAUGGCGAGUCAGAGCAGCCCGAGGAGAUCCUCGCCCAGUGUGUUGACAUGCCCGACAUCUCAUGCACCACGACAGGGAUCUGA